GAAGUGACGUCACAGGGAGCAGCCUCCGCUGCUUUAAAGCCGCCGCUGCCGCUCAGAUAGUCAGACCGACCGAGCCGCAGCACCUUGGAUCCGGUCUCUGCAGGGACCUCUGGCUGCUCAUUGACGUCUCUCCCCGGAUGGAGCUGCGGAGAUUCCUACACAGUUUGCACCGCUCCUGACCCGGCGUGGUUCGAUUAAACGGAACCACAAGUGCGGUUCGGCCGUCCUCUUCGUCUCCCAGCAGGCCGCCGUCUCCUCCGUGACUCUCAGUUCUCAUGCGAUUCUUCAGACUCACAUUCAAGUGCUUCGUGGAUUGUUUUUGAAGGUCGCGGCGCCCCAGUCGGUGUUCCUCAUUUUUUUAUUUAAAUUGGUCCUAAUUUGACAGAAAAAUCUCCUGGAUUAACUAAAAAAGUUUUUGUCCUGUUUUAAUCUAUUUUUCUCAAGUCGUUUAAAAUAACCUGAACUCAUAAAUGAAAACUAAAUCAAAUUAAAUCAUUUUCUCAGUGAGAAGAGCGGUCCACAGCAGACUGAACUGGACCUGCUCUGACUGACUGGUCUCUGACUGGUCGGUGAGACUCUUACCUGGAGGUGGACUGAGAUAACUGGUGUGUUACUGGUGCUGAACUGGUGUCUGAGGGGGGCGGACAGGUACUGACUGAUAGAGUGACUUGGAGCAGCUCUCUAAAAGUAAAAAGCUGCAAAGUCAAAGAAAGAUAACACAAUCUAAACCUGACUGGAUUCUGACUAGUUACUGGUAUCUGACUGGUAAUCUGGGUCUUACUGUGGGAAAGAAUCUGAACUCUGCUGGAAAGAACAAAGCAGUUCAGCGCUGACAGAGAUCGGACAUUAGAACUUAUAUUGGGUCCUGACUGGUUCCUGUCCUGUCAGCGAUGGAGAAACAGGCUCUGCCCGCCUCCUCCUGCUCUCUGGUUCUCAUGGAGGAGACCAAGAAGAACCAUCUGAUCCUGUCAAAUGGCAAUGGUUUCCCUCCCGCAGCCACUAACGGCAGCCUUGUCCCAGUAACGGCGGCAGCCGUAGGUGGUGGUGUGGCAGGUGGUGCUGGACAGGAUAAAAGAGGGGGCGGGGCCAGCAUUGUUGGGCCAGGGUACCAGGAACGUGAGACAUGGACCCGGCAGAUGGACUUCAUCAUGUCCUGUGUAGGCUUCGCUGUUGGACUCGGAAACGUGUGGAGGUUCCCCUACCUGUGCUACAAGAACGGAGGAGGUGUCUUCCUGAUCCCGUAUCUGCUGAUUGUGUUUGUGGGAGGAAUCCCCAUCUUCUUUCUGGAGAUUGCGCUCGGUCAGUUCAUGAAGGCCGGCAGCAUUAAUGUGUGGAACAUCGCUCCGCUUUUCAAAGGUCUAGGCUAUGCCUCCAUGGUCAUCGUGUUCUUCUGUAACACCUACUACAUCAUGGUUCUGGCCUGGGGCUUCUACUACCUGAUCAAGUCGUUUAGCUCCACCCUUCCGUGGUCCACCUGCGAAAAUGAAUGGAACACACCUAACUGUCUGGAGAUCUUCCACCAUCAGGACUGCAAGAACGCUACCAUGGCCAACAACACCGUGGGCAGCGGGAACCUGACUUGCGCCGACCUGUCUGAUGCCCGCUCGCCCAUCAUCGAGUUCUGGGAGAACAAAGUGUUGAACAUCUCGUCUGGUCUGGAUGAACCUGGACAGAUCAACUGGGAGCUGAUGUUGUGUCUGAUGGCUGUCUGGGUUCUGGUUUACUUCUGCGUCUGGAAAGGAGUGAAAUCCACAGGGAAGAUUGUUUAUUUCACGGCAACGUUUCCCUACGUGGUCCUUAUCAUCCUGCUGGUCCGAGGAGUCACUCUGCCGGGAGCAUACGAUGGCAUCAUGUACUACAUCAAACCAAACUGGUCCAAACUGGAGGAGGCUCAGGUAUGGAUUGACGCCGGCACGCAGAUCUUCUUUUCCUAUGCCAUUGGACUGGGAGCGCUGACUGCUUUAGGAAGUUACAACCGCUUUAACAACGACUGCUACAAAGACGCAUUCGUCCUGGCUCUCAUCAACAGUGGGACCAGUUUCUUUGCUGGUUUUGUGGUGUUUUCCAUUCUAGGCUUCAUGGCAGCUGAGCAGGGAGUUGACAUCUCACAGGUUGCUGAAUCAGGUCCAGGUCUGGCCUUCAUUGCGUAUCCAAAGGCGGUUAGUCUGAUGCCGGUGGCUCCGCUCUGGGCAGCGCUCUUCUUCUUCAUGUUGCUGCUGCUUGGGCUUGACAGUCAGUUUGUCGGGGUAGAGGGAUUUGUCACUGGGAUUCUAGAUCUGCUUCCUGGAAAAUAUUUCUACCGUUACAAACGUGAGAUUGCUGUGGCGAUCUGCUGUUUGCUGUGCUUCAUUAUCGACCUCUCCAUGGUGACACAGGGAGGAAUGUACGUCUUCCAGUUAUUUGACUACUACUCGGCCAGUGGGAUGACUCUGCUAUGGCAGUCAUUCUGGGAAUGCAUUGUAGUUGCUUGGGUCUAUGGUGCUGACCGAUUCAUGGACGAUGUGGCUCGUAUGAUCGGUUACCGGCCAUUCCCCUGGAUGAAGUGGUGCUGGUCUUUCAUAACUCCAUGUGUCUGCAUGGGCAUCUUCCUGUUCCACCUGGUGAACUACAAGCAGUUAAGCUACAACAACACGUAUGUGUACCCAUGGUGGGGAGAGGUGAUUGGCUGGUGUCUGGCUCUAUCCUCCAUGCUCUGCAUUCCUAUCAGUCUCUUCUACAAGCUUUUCCGAGCUAAAGGAACCUUCAGAGAGCGCUGGGCCCACCUGACUACUCCUGUGUGGGGGCCCCACCACCUAGAGUACAUGGCCCCUGACAUCAAAUCUCUAAGCUCGCUGACGCCCGGUUCUGACGACAACAAGGUCAUCAUCUUCGAGAGCGUCAUGUAGACCGGACUCCACCCAUCCCUCCUGAGACAGGAUGACCAACCUGUGCCUCCACCUUCACCUCCAACAGCUUUCUGUGCCGUGUGUCAUAAAUGAGCUGGACUCUCUGAUUGGUCACCACAGCAACCAAAGCUUUAAAGCUGCCUUUGCCAAGAAUCCCCUGGGGUUUCUGGUGGAAACACACAGCUAUCUGAGUUUUGUUAGUUCCUGAUUCUCCUGGUUAAUUAUGAAAGGCAGAAUGUGGUAAUCCAAAAUUUCCAAGGGUACGACCUGAAGGCACUGCAGAAACUCUGUCUUCCUUUGAGGGUGACAGGUUCAGUUUAGUCUUGGGCCGGAUGGUCGACAGGGACAAGUAUGAACCGGAUUAACAGCCACGAUGGACUCACUGUCAGCUGGAAUCUUCUGAAUCUGAUGCUUCUGCAGACAGAGUUUUGAUCAUUGUUGUUUGUUCGGACAGACAGAGUUCUAGACCCACACACUGACUGAUUCCCCUUAAUGUUAAUCAGAGAGAUCCAGUCCUGAGGUCAAACAUCAGAACUGCAUUUGGAAAGGUUUGUUGUGUUUGGCUGCAGGAUUGAAGAUAAAAGCUCCUGAGCUGUACCUGAAUGCACCGCGCUGGCUGAACACGGACCUGCCUGUCAGGGAGCGCUGUUCACUUCUUUUUAAACAGUUAAUACUCAGCUCCAGCAGCUGAUCCCAGAACAGAUUCCAAACCAGAAUCAUGGUUCCUGAUGAUGAUCAGACUUAAGGUAGGACAAUUCCUGAACAGGUUUUCAUCCUGUUGGAGCAUAACAUUAAUUUAUUUUUAAUGUACUCUGAUCCAACAAACUGUUUUCCAAGUUUGUUGCCCCAACAGAAGUUUUUCUAGAGAUUUGGUUUGGAGAGUAAAGAAACGGAACCAAGUUCCUGAUAUCAACACCUUAGUCGGUUGUUUUCAGCGAGUCCAGGUCGCCUUCCAGGUUCUCAGAUGUUUCAUCUUGUAGGAACACAAAGCUAGCAGAUCCUUUCAUUUGGUAGAGCAAUUAUUUUAAAACAUGUCUGUAGCUUCCUCCACUCAACUUCUUUUAAGAAGGUUCUGGUCUGUGAUCGGAUCAUGCAUUAUUGCCUGUUCCCCUUUCUCCGAGCCAUUUUGUGUGCCAAAAGGUUGAUAUUUUGUCCUGAUCUCAGAACAGGGCUCCAGGCUGCCAAUGAUCCAUCCGCACUCUGCCUCAUGAACGCUGCGGUCCUCCGGCUGAACGUUCGGUCCUCCUGUCGAGCAUUGCCUUAUGUCAUUGUCUUAACUCCAGAACCCAAUUGGCUGUCUAGCCAAUUGGGUUCUGUCUGAGCACCCUACAGGACGUCCUGUGGACAGUCAGAAGUUGGUGGGGGCGUGUCUACAACUCUGUCUCCAAGCAACUAAUCAGCAUGCUGCCAUUGCGUAGAAACAUUAAUUCGAAUGUAGGAAAACAACUAUGUUUGCAUUGUUGUGAAAUAAUGUUGCUCACACUUUCAGAAGGAAGAGUUGUCAAAAUCUGUUUUGGGUUUUGUAAAAGAAACAGAAAUGUAUUUUGUGGAGGCUUUUAUUUUGCUGAUACAUUCAAGAGAUCUAUAUAUAUAUAUAGUGAUUAUAUUUGUGUGAGCUAUAUUUGAUGCAGUAUUUUACUGGAAUGAUGAUGACAAUUUUUGGCUGAGUGUUCACGUUCAGUUGACGAACACAAGCAAUGGUCAAAAGCUUCAGGCCUACCUCACUUCCCAUUCAGAUUUUCAAAAUAAAACAUCCACCAGCUUUUUUAUACAAAUGCUAGCAGCUUGAGUGCAGGAGUCGGAUUAGUUGGUGCUGCUCAUGUUUCAUCUGUAAAGGUUUCUCGGCACCAACAGUUGCUCUGAGCAGCUGAUUCUCCACAUCGGCUGUAAAUCCCAAACAGGAAAAUAGACACCCAUAUGGAAUUUGUAAAUAAGACAGUUUUCCAUGAACUUUUUCUGGUGCUGCGACUCCUUUUGGCAGGUGUUUGAUCAGCUAGUGUGAACAAGCAGUAAAGGCUGGUGAUUUUAUCCCGGCAGGUUUGCUGCGAUGCAGUGAUGUUAAGGCUGUCUGUGUGGCUCCAAACACACAAUAAAGGGAAAUGUGUCCUUUA